AUAAAUGGCCCUACUAUAGAACGCAAGCCGUCAGUCAAGCCAGGGCAUUUGCCGCCCACCCACUGACCUUAUUCACGCGUGACCUAACCAUGCAAAGGCUCGCGCUGUGACCUAUUGACCUUUGCGGAACUCAUACAGAUAUAUAUACGUAAGCAGGAAAAUGUGUGAGCUACUUAAAACUGCCUCGUUCUUCGUUCACAUCCGUUGAGCGGAGGCGGCCCCGAGAGGCGGCUAAUCGACCGUCGCUCCGGAGCUUCAUUUCAGAUGCGGAGAUGAGUCUUAUGGAGUUAGCGGAAUUAUUACCCGCUGAGGCCACGCCCCGCUCCUCCUCGUCCCGGGCCUCCACGCCGGCAGUGCCCCUGAGUGCCGUGGAGGACCUCGUGGAGACAGUGGUAGUGCUACGGAAGGAUCAAAGGUCACACGAACUGGGUAUUUCUGUCGUGGGAGGAAGUGACACGUACCUGGGAUGCGUGGUGGUGCAGGCUGUGUCCGAGGGCGGCGCAGCUUGGCAGGACGGCAGGCUGCAAAGAGGCGACAUUCUCCUGCAGGUCAAUGAUACCUCGCUGGCCGUGCUAGAUCCCGGCAUCGCACUCGCCACAGAGAGCAAUAUGAAAAAUGACAGUAUGAAAGAUGUAUCCAUAAGCGUCCAUUCCACGUUGCGUUUACUCAACAACUCGACACAAAGCAGCAACAGCAAGAGCAGCAGCAAGAUCAACUGA